AUGUCCUCCCAAGAACCAGUCUAUACGAAUGACCAGCUCGAACAUUACCUACAGCGAAUCAAUUACGCUGACUCCGCCCACCCCCGGCUCCCACAUCUCCACGAAGCCAUUCGAAACGCUCCCCUGGAAGCUCUAGCCGAAUUGCAAAGACGCCAUCUCUGCUCCAUACCAUGGGGAAAUUCGUCCCUGCACUACUCCCAGCACCGGUGCAUCUCAGUGCAUCCCCAGGCGGUCUAUGAGAAAUUGGUCCUCCGUCGCUUGGACGGGUAUUGUAUGGAGACGACGAAUCUGUUCUACGGCACCCUGCGGUCUUUGGGAUAUCAGGUGUAUCCCACGGCUGGGAGGGUGAGUCGUCAACUGAUGAAUGGGGCUGAGGAUGUGUUGUUUACGGCGUUAUCACACAUGGUGCUCAUUGCAACCAUUGACGGGGAGAAAUAUAUGGUAGAUGUUGGUUUUGGGAAUGCUUGCGCAACCCGUCCGAUCCCUCUUCAAGAAAAUAUCAUCAUGCCGUACAUCGCACCAGCUGAGAUGCGCCUGAUCCAAGACAGUCUUGACGAAUUCACCGAUAAGAGCCAGCGCGUCUGGAUCUACCAGGUUCGGUAUACGCCGCGAGACUACUGGAUCACCAAUGUCUGCUUCUCUGAGGCCGAGUUCCUGUCCCAGGAUUUCGCCCUGAUCAGCUUCUUUACGAGUCAGCAUCCGAGUAGCUGGUUUACCCAAACGUUCGUGUGCAAUUUAAUGAUCAUGCAUGAGAAUGAACAGGAAGUGAAAGGGCAGUAUGUGAUAUCGGGGAAAGAGGUCAAAAGAAGAAUUAAUGGGCAGACAGAAGUUAUUGAGACCUUGAAUAGCGAGGAUGACCGUGUCAGGGCUCUGGCCAAAUGGUUCGGGUUGCAUCUCCGCAAGGAUGAGGUUGAAGGGAUCCGGGGCUUGUCAUCUGAACUGAAAUAG